AUGAGACUAGCCGCAUAUGCUGGGGCCUCGGUGGUCCUAGCCACCGGUGUGUUCUUAAAAGCUCUACAUCAGAGAUCGAAUUUCUAUUCAGCUUGCGUUUAUCUCUCUCAAAGUAGUGCCAACCUCAUGAUCCUCACGAACCUUUGUCUUCUUGCCACCGGCUUUGUGCUGUUCUGGCUACAGCGACUCCUUUACGGUCCCCUACGUCCUAUAGAAACCGAACAACUCUACGAGCGAGCAUGGUUCGCGGUCACGGAGACAUGUCUAGCUAUGACCAUCUUCCGAGGUUCACUUGGAGGGUGGUUCUUGGUCAUGUUCAUCUCUCUGCUCGUGGGUAAAGUUUGGGGAUGGAUUGGAGAAGGCCGAGUGGAAUACCUGGAACAGCAACCUCCUGCGAAUCCGCGUCUGUUCCAUACCCGUCUGGCCAUCUCGCUCGUACUGUCGGUCCUAUUUAACGCCUCAAUGCUACAGUAUUGCAUCAAUACAGUAUACCAUCAGGCGAAACCCGACAUGAUGGUAAUGUUUGGGUUCGAGUUUGCGAUUUUGACUAUUCUAUCCACGUCUACCACCGCUAGGUAUUGCAUCGCCCUAACGGAACUCUACAUUACUCGCCAGCAGGUCAAGGCAAAGAUGGAGGAGCGCCGAGCGGAGGUCCGGGAAGCUCGUCUGGAAGCCAUCCGUGCUCAUGCGCGGGCUGGCGAAGGCUCGCCGCCUACCAAUCUGCCGGAUGAGAAUGAUGUCAAUGAGCUGGAGAUUGAUGUUCCGGGCUGGGAGGAGAAAGGCCGCUGGGUUUUCUACCUAGAUCUCCUCACCGACUUCGUGAAACUGAUUGUUUACCUUGUCUUUUUCGCAAUCCUUCUCACAUUCUACGGCUUACCCAUUCACAUCCUCCGCGACGUUGUGGUCACGAUCCGGUCUUUCGGUCGACGAAUCAUGGACUUCAUUCGAUACCGCAACGCAACUCGUGACAUGAAUGAGAGAUAUCCAGAUGCGACACCCGAAGAGGUUGGGCGAGAGGAGGUCUGUAUUAUCUGUCGAGAGGAUAUGGUCUCCGCUCAACCAGCUCCGGAUGCGGGUCAGAAUAACGGACAGCCAGCAGCAGCAGCCAAUGCCAGGGCUGUUCCCGAUCGGCUACGCCCCAAGAAGCUUCCCUGUGGUCAUAUUCUUCACUUCGCCUGUCUUCGGAGUUGGUUGGAGCGACAACAGAAUUGCCCAACUUGUCGUCGCCCGGUAGUCGGACCGGGCAGCACACAAGGCGGUGCCAACGCAAAUGCGCCUGGCAAUGGCGUCGGCCAGCAGCAGAAUGGUGCUGGCGGCGAUCAGGGUCCUGGUCAGAUCGGUGGCCAAGGAGAAGGUGUACCCAGAGCUCGGGUAUACCAGUUUGGCCCCUUCCGAAUUGGCUUCGGUGCUGUGCGAGGCGACCUUUUCCAGAAUAUGCACAAUCAACUUCAUCAAGGCCACGCCCCGCUUCAACCUGCACCUGAUGCUAACCAACCGGGAGCACGUCAGAUUGGUUUUGGUUUCGGCUUUGGCCGUCGUCCACCCGGUGCAGAGCCCAUGCAUAACCCGCCCACCGCAACUCAUUCAAACAUUGCCGAUAUACCCACACAGCUACGGCAAAUUGAACAGCAAUUAGCACGGGAGAUUGAAUCUUUGCGCCUCGCUUCAGAACAACUCAUCGGUGUGCGCGGCCUCCAAAUUGAACUUGAGCGACUUCGCCUACAACAGACCAACGGCUUUGCACAGCAAGCGGCUCCGGCUCCAUCCGGUGCCUUUUCAAUGCCUCAGAUGCCUCAGAUGCCUCUCAAUAUUCCUCAUAUUCCCAACCGUCGUCCAGUCAUCAUAAACCCUGGCGCAGAAGCAAUUCCUGCCGGUGAUCCCCGUAUACCAGAGGGAAUGACCAUUCCUCCAGGCUGGACUCUUACUCCAUGGCACCCAAUCGUUCCUGGUACUGGCCCUGCGGGUCCUUCGCAAGGCCUCAGCCCAACUCCUACUACCUCGGGUCGCCCAGCAUCUGUUGCGCCUUCUAACGAACCAAACACAUCUCAGGGCCCUACCACUCAAGAGACCAGUCACACCGACAGCGCCGUUAUUAAUGAAACGAGCACAUCCACAAAUAUCGAGGCCACGACGAGCGAUGCUCUCCCGUCUCUCACAAGUCAAGCUUUGCCAAGCUGGGGCUCACAAAAUACCUCGACAGAGGAUCCUCGCACCGACUCUCUAUCUCAGGAAUGGACAGAUGUGCGACCCGACCAAGUAGCCGACGCCAGCUCCUCUACCGGAGCCACAGGCUCGCCAUCGACGGAGCACGAUGCUCAACCGGAGUCCAAGGCCAAGGGUCGUGCGGCCACUGUGGAAGAAACAGUUGACGAAGAAGCAUCUUGA